AUUACUGACAUUUAAAAAUAGUUUUGACAGUUACUGCCGUUAUGUGCGUUUUCGUUUAUGAAAACAGUCCUUGUAAAAUAUAUUUAUAAAUUAAUGUAGUUUAUGGUGCUAUUAUUUAUUGUUAUAUUUAUGUAAUCAUUGUUUAAGUUUGGUUCUUUGACUUUUUUUAAGUGUAAUCUUCAGGGUGUAGUGAUAAAGAUAUCUCUAACUGCCAAACAUGAGUGAAGUGCCAAGUGAUAACAGUGCCCAAACAAACAAUGGCAAAAGUGCCGGCUCAGAGAUCGAACAACCUCCCGCGGGUGCUUCUUCGUUAAGUGCUAGUGUUACGUCGCUGGAUAAUGUGUCAGUGGCGAGUUCAAAACUUUCUAAAGCGUCUGGAAUAAGGCCUCCCAGCAAAAUAGGAAGGUUAUGUGGUAAUCAACAUAAACCGUCUCUUCCUACGACACCGACAAAGAAUGGUAGCACCGCAUCCUCGCUAGACGCUCUUUGGGACCUCCAUCCUAACGCUUUAUACGAAGCUGGAUUAAGCCGACACAAAGAUUCCAGCACUAUUCUGACGGAAGACACUGACAGUUUUAUUAUUGGACAGAAAGUUUGGGUUUCCGGAACGAAACCUGGACAUAUUGCCUUUAUUGGUGAAACACAGUUUGCUCCUGGAGAGUGGGCUGGUAUCGCACUAGAAGAGCCAAUUGGUAAAAAUGAUGGAUCUGUUAAUGGUAUAAGAUAUUUUCAAUGUGAACCCAAGAAAGGCGUGUUUUCGCGAUUAACUCGACUAACAAAAGAACCUUUAGAAGGUGUUAGCUAUGCUACUACUCCAUCACCCGAAAACGUUAUAAGGAAUUCGAUUUCUCCCACUGGUAGUACCCAUGGUCUUCUAAAAUCACCAGUAUCUGUAUGUGGAUCAAACUUAAGUCUUAUAUCAUCGGCUUCCCAUGUGAUCGAUUUCAAAAUAGGAGAUCGCGUUAUUAUCAAAAGUAGCCAAGGCUCUAAAGUGGGUACUGUAAGAUAUAUGGGUAUUACCGAAUUUGCAGCUGGAGAAUGGGUUGGGGUAGAGCUAGAUGAUCCUAGGGGUAAAAAUGAUGGUUCUGUUAACGGAAAAAGGUACUUCGAAUGUCGACCAAAUUUCGGUCUGUUCGCACCCAUUACGAAAGUAAGCAAGUCUCCUUCAAAAAUAAAGCCCGGUACUUGCCAAGUACACGGUACCGGAUUACCGCCUAGCGGCAUAAAGCGUAUGGGUUCUAAAGAAUCUCUAAUGUCGAGUAUGUCAACUACCAGUGCUGCAUCUAACGCCAGAAGGGUAAGACUAGGAUUGGCAUCGUUAAGUCCAAAGAAAACUACCCCUAAGACGUCCAGCACGCCCAUUCCAACAAGGACAGCUCUACAGGACGUAUUAAAGGAGAAGCAGCAACACAUAGAACAACUUCUGAAGGAGAGGGAAGAGGCAGAUCAUAAACUUAUAAUGGUAGAGCAAGAAUAUAAAAAGUAUCGGGAUGAACAUGGGAACAAGUUAGAGCAGGACUCCACAGUACUAAAUGCGCUUAGACACGAAAAUACUCAAUUGGCUUCCCAGCUCGAAGAGGAAAAACGAAAGACUGAAGAUAUUCAAUUUAGAUUAGAAGAAACUGUUAUAUUUAAGGAAGAUUUAGAGACCAAAGAUAAAUCUAAUGUAGCCAAAAUUAAAGAAUUACAAGACCAGCUUACAUCUGAGAAGCAGAGGAUUGAAGCAUUGGAAGCAGAUACAAAUAAACUAUUUGAAGCCGAAGAAAAUUUAAUUAAAUACAAAGAAGAGGUGGAAACAUUGAGGCAAGAACUGCAAAGUGCUCGUAACAAAGAAGUUAUCUUAGAAGGCAACAGUGCUAGUACUAGUGUGUUAAUCAAAUCUCUACAAGACGAAGCAGAUCAGUGUAAGCUGGACUUGGUCGAAAAAAAUAAUCUAAUAAACGUACUCAAUAACGAACUCGAAAAAACAAAGGCAGACUUAACGAAACAGCUAGAAUACAGCUUAGUGAAAUUCUCGCAAUUAGAAAUUGUUUUCAAUAAAAAAGAAGAAGAUCUGGAUAAAAUAAAAAAGGAGAUUGAAGAAAGCAGCAAACUGCUCGAAGAACGAUCGGCAGAGUUAACCAAAGUCGUGAACGAGAAGUUUACUGCUGAAACCAAUCUAGAAAAAGAACUGGAAAGAGUAAACCUAGAACUAACUACAAGAACAAACGAGUUGAGCAGUCUACAAAGUCAAUUGCAAGACAAAGACACUAGUGCAUCUACUCUUCAAACAGAUAUUAGUAGUCUUCAACAGCUGCUAAAGGAUAAAGAUGUUGAAAAAGAAGAAUUGAACAAACAAAACGCUUUAAAUAACGCCCGUUUAGAAGAAUUAACAAAUGCUUUAAAAACAAAAGAAAGUGAAUGUAAUGAAAAUCAAGAAAACUUCGUUAAGUUGAAAACUGAAUAUGAUGCAAUUACUACACAAUUGUCUACACUUCAGUCAGAAUUAAACCAAUCUGCUGAAGAUAAAGACGGGCUAUUACAAUCGAAAAAUGCUGAAAUAAACAAACUUAAUGAUACUAUUAAAAGUAAAGAGGAAGAAUGCCUUCAAGUAAAUAGUAAGCAUAAUACACUACAAGAAAAUCAUGAUAAACUUACCAGUGAGUUAGAAUUGUUGAAAUCAAAUUUGGUCACAUUGGAGAAACAAAAACAAGAGACGCAGGAGUCAAAAGAUACAGAAAUUAUCGAAUUGAACAAUAAGUUAACUGUGGUGCAAAAUGAGUUUUCCCAGCAGACAUAUUCCUAUAAUGAAUUAAAAACCUCUUUCGACAAAAUACAACUUGAGUUGCAAAAUUUGCAACUAGCUUCCACAGAUAACAAAAAGCAAUACGAAGCAGAAGAAAUGAAAGCCAAUCUAAAAAUAAAAGAACUCUCCGACAGUCUUUCUACAAAAGAAAUCGACUGGCAAAAUUUGACGAAAGAAAGCGAAGCACAAAAACUAAGUUUAGAAAGUGUUAAAACUGAAUUAGAGCAAACCAAACAAGCACAGGAGCAGAUAUUAAACGAGAAAAAUGAGAAAAUUAAAGAAAUGUCUACUGUUAUUCAGGAAAACUCAGCUACUAUAUUAAGCUUGCAGUCACAAUUGGAAAUAACAAAAAUCGACUUGGAAUCAGUAUCUAAUAACUUACAACAGUACCAAACGAAUCUCAGUGAUGUAGAAUCCAGCUUGAAGAAAGAAAGAGAUACCAUUAAGGAACAUUUAAAAGACAAAGUGAAGGAAUUAGAAGACAAUAAAGCUGAAUUUGCAAGUACAUUGGCGGCGCGUGAUUCGCAGAUUCAGGAAAUAUCUACCACCCUAACAAAUAAAGCUCAAGAAAUUGAGAAUCUUAAGAAAGAGAUUGGUGCUCUUGUAGAAAAGUACGAAUCAAGCAACAAAGAAGUAGUAACCUCCCAUACACAAGAAAUUACAGCUAGAGAUGAGAAAAUACGACAACUUGAAAGUGAAAUUUUACAAAAGGACCAAAAUAUUAAGAUUCAUGUAGAUGCAAGUAACGAACAUCAAGAAAAUCUGAAAAUAAAAGAUUUGGAUUUAGUAAAAAUAAGAUCUGAGUUGGAAGAAAGUCAAAAAACAUCUUCAGAGAUAAUUGCAACUUUAAAGAAUCAAAUCGAAGGCCUACAGAGCGAUAACAAACAACAACAAAGUAGAAAUAAUGAAUUACAAACGGAACUUCAAAAUAGAGAACAAUUAAAUGUGACUAUAAAUACAGAAAUGGGCAAAGCAGCUGAAAAUCUAGCAGUUUUAGUGGAGCAAGUAAAACAAAAAGACGAGUUAAUAGAAUCUCUACGGUCAGACGUAAAAUCCAGAGAAAUAGAGUUGGAAAAUGUGCUAGCUACUAAUCUAAAGGCUUUGUCAGAGAAAAAUGAAGCCGAAAGGCAGAUUAGAGCAGAAAAAGAGCAAUUGUGUAUGACUAUAGGUCUUAAAAACGAAGAAUUGGAAGAUUUGCAAAAUAGAUUAACAAACAUGUUAUGCGAGAACGAGCAAGUGAUCAAUGAAGUCAACAAUAACGUGAGCAAAAAAUCUGAGGAGCUAGAGACGAUAAAACAACAACUUUCGAAAGCUGCGAUUGAUCACGAAGAUAAGUUAAAGCAAAUCACAGAAGAACACAAAAAAGAAAUGCAUGAUUUCGAAAUCCGGGUUUCAGAUUUACUUACAGAAAUUGAAAAUAGAGACAAAGACAUAUCAGACUUAUCACAGCUUGUGGAAACCAGUCAUAAUAGUAGUAAAGAACAGGACAGUAAAAUUAAUAGUAUCGUUCAAGAAUUGGCUGAAUCUAAAAGUCAGAUACUGACUCAGUUAGACAGUAAUAAAAAACUAAGUGAAGAUAUAAGUGUGAUUACUAACGAAAACAAAAUUAUACAAGAGAAAUUAAAGGAAGCUGAUAAACAAAUCGAAAUACUUUCUACUGAAAAAGAGAAGUUGAACAACGAAUUAGCUGCUGUGAUUGCAAAUUCGGGAGAUUCUAGUAAAAAAGUAGCCGAAUUAACUACAGUAAUUAAAGAAAAGGAAAGCGCCUAUGAAUCAGAAAACACGCAACACAAACAUAAAUUACAGGAAUUGGAAAACGCUCUUCAUGCACUUCAAAAGACUAAUGAAGAACUUAACGGUUCCGCUAAAAAAUAUAAAAGUGACUUCGACAGUUCUGUGAAAGGAAGUCAACAACUGCAACAGCAAAUAGAGACUUUUAAAGUUGAGUUGACUAAGAAGACGACUGAAAUCGAAACUCUUCAGAAAAACCUCAAGACUGCUAAUCUAGCUAUUACUGAGAAGGACGUACAGCUCAGUAAAUUGAAUAAUGUGUCGACAAAUCGUGUUCAAGAACCUCCGAACGAUACGAACACAGAUAUGAAGCAAUUGUUAGAAGAAAAACUGUUUGCAGAGAACCAAGUGAAUUUCCUCAACUCUAUUAUAGCUGAUAUGCAGAAAAAGAGCGAAGAACAAAAGGCCAGAAUCGAGAUUUUGGAAAUGGGUUAUAGUUCAACGGCAGCAGAUGAAUUAGCAUCACUUGGAUUUAAAUUGGAAUCCAAACAAGUACCCCCUAGGAUGUAUUGUGAUAUCUGUGAAGAAUUCGAUCUUCACGAAACCGAAGAUUGUCCCACACAAGGAGAUGAUGAGGAGUUCGUACAUAAUUCUAGUCCAGGGACGAAACAAAAACCCCCACAAAGAGAUUAUUGUGACGUUUGUGAAGUAUUUGGUCACGCAACCGAAGAUUGUACAGAAGAUCAAGAAUUUUGAUGUAAAUAAAAUUACAAUUAGUUAAUUGUUUGAAAUAAAGAAAGUAUGUUACA